AUGCAUGACACAGUCUCAUCCGUUCGCGACCCUGAAAGUACUCAAGCGUGGCUGGUUGGCAGUGGAAUUGCAUCACUUGCUGCUGCCGUGCAUCUGAUCAGAGAUGCACGACUGCCAGGACGCAACAUUCAUAUCCUUGAUCGGCAUGCGGAAACAGGAGGGGGAAUAACUAGCGCCGGAAAUGCAGAGAACGGCUAUAUCCUCUACCCAGGAAGCCUGCCAUACUUCCACGACGAAUGCGUGGAUAAUCUGCUAUCUCUUGUUCCGAGCGCUAGUGGAUCAGACAAAUCCCUCUUGGACACUAUCAGAGAUUUUCAGUUGAGCGAGACUCCUCCGCCUGGAAGUAUUGCCAAGACACGGUUUCUGAGAAACAAAGGAGGAAAGUGCGAACGGUCCGAAGCCAACCAUCUUUCUAUUGGACCAUAUAAUCGAUUGCAACUUAUGAAAGUGUUGUUGGAAGGUGAAAGUCUCCUAGGAAGAUAUCGCAUCCAGGACUUCUUUGGAGAUGAAUUUUUCGGGACUGACUUUUGGGCCUUAUGGUCCACUACAUUUGCUCUGCGACCUUGGCAUAGUGCCAUUGAGUUUCAACGAUGUCUUCGCAAGCAUCUCCCUGACAUUCAUUCCCUUAAUAACGUCAGCACACUCGAUCGCACUCGGUAUUCUCUAUAUGAAUCUAUUAUUUUGCCGAUUUCAACCUACCUCAGAUCGGAAGGUGUUAAUUUCCACUUCAAUGCGAAGGUUGUUGAUAUGCGAAUGACCUUGGAUGAUAACUUAAAAGGGGACCCAACCACUGUCACUGAGAUCGUUCUGCGAGAGCAUGAGGAAGAACGAAUAGUUAAUGUCGAUCCCAACGAUCUUACGAUUGUCACCAUUGGCUCGCCAAACUCAGGCUACCAGCUGGGAACGAACUCGGACCCGCCGCCUUACCCUUCUGAUCCAGACGAUUUUACCUACGGCGACUGGUCGCUAUGGUUUCAUCUCGCGCAGAAGGCUACCAAGUUCGGGGUUCCAUUAAAUUUUAAUUCUCACACCCCGGAGUCCACCCUAGUUACAUUCACCGUGACUUUGCAUGACUCAGAGUUUAUGCUUUUGUAUCAAGUGUUAACCAAUGAUAUGCCCGGUUCCAGUGCGCUUCUUUCUUUCCCUGAUAGUAACUGGCUACUCAGCAUUUGUGUUCCUCACCAGCCAGGUUUGCGACCUGAGAAGAUGGGGAAUGUUGUUGACAAACCAAUGACGAAAUGUGCGGGAGAGGAGAUCAUGACGGAGUUGCUCUCCCACCUCAACUUUCCAGUUGAGAGUCUUCUUCCUAACUCGAUUACCAUCCCUUGUUUGUUGCCCCUAGCAACUUCAGCACUUUUGCCGAGGGUUCAUAAAAAUCGACCGGAGGUGAUACCACCCAACACCACCAAUAUUGCGCUUGUUGGGCAGUUCACGGAGAUUCCUCGCGAUACAACCUACAACAUGGAGUACAGUGUACGGGGUGCGCAGACGGCAGUCUAUGCGUUGAUGGGGCUACCGAAGUCGCCCCCGAGGACAAAGAGAAGUCUUCUCCUGGAUGUUUUUGAUUUGCUUGCCGAGGGUUAA